AUGGUACCAAAGAUUUGGUGUUGUGGUGAGGCGAACCAAAGACCUGGUCUCUGGUGUAGAAGGGACCAAACUAAAGAUCUGGAGUCUAGUUUCCCCAGCAAACCGCAUGAUGCCUCUAGUGUUGACGUCUUGGUGUUGGGGAUUGGAGCCGAUGGCUUUGAUGAUUUGUAUCUUGGUGUUGUCUCUCCGCCAUUUCAAUCAUUUGACGAUGAAUUUUGGAAGCUUAAUAAUGACAAAUCUCAAGAUUCAGAGCUUAUUGAACCUAAGAAGAAAAGAGAGUACGUGUUUCCUCAAGGUUCAAUUCUAGGCCCCUCUACAGUAGAUUCUAAAGAAAUUCAGCUUGUCCAGAAUCUUCCGUCCUCUGCUGAAAAAGUAGGCGAGAAGCAGUGUGAUCGUGUGAUGAAACGUGUGCGUGAGUGUGACAGAACGAGUUCCAGUGAAGGAACUCAUGUUCAGAGAUUAGUCUUUUAUUUCAGAGAAGCUUUUUAUGAGAAGAUUGAUAGAGAAACUGGAAGAAUUACUCCCAAGGGUUUAGGAAAGAAGUCUGAAGAUCCUCUAGAGGCAUUGAAGUGUCAAGAUUAG